AUCCACCAAAAAAAAAUGUCACAAAAUUUGGAUGAAUGGAUUGCCAAUAUCAAUAAAAUGAAUAUUAAACGUAGUGAAAUUAAUUUAUUGAUUAUGGAAUAUCUCAUUUCCGAAGGCUGUAAAGAAGCGGCCGAAAGUUUCAAGACCGAAGCAAACAUUGAUUUUGAUAUGAAUGAAAAUGAAGAAACUGAAGAACAAAUCGAUCGAAGGAUAGCGGUUCGUAGUGCAAUUGAAAGUGGAAAAAUUCAAACAGCAUUGGAAUUGAUCAAUAAUUAUUAUCCAGAAUUGAUUGACAACCAUAGGCAUCUUUACUUUAAACUACAGCAACAACAAUUGAUUGAAUUGAUACGAAAUCACGAAGUGGAAAAAGCAUUACAAUUUGCACAAGGACAACUUGGCGUCGAUAAUGGCUAUCUACAUCUGAAUGAACUCGAACGUACAUUGUCAUUGUUGGCAUUUGAAAACCCGGAAAAUUCACCAUAUGCUGAUCUAUUACAACCUGCACAUCGACAACAUUUAGCAUCAAGAAUCAAUGAAACAUUGCUUAAGGAACAGACUGGUCGCAGUGAAACGCCUACACCUAAAUUGGUUACAUUGCUCAAAUUGUUGCCAUACACACAGAAUGAAUUGGAAACGAAAAAAGUUAAAUUCAUUAAACUUGUUGAUCUGCCGCAAGGAACAUUUGCUCCAAAUGAUGUGAAAAAAUAAAUCAUGAAAUAUCGAUUGUGUAGAAAAUUAGAAUCUGCAUUUUUCUGACUCCAUCUUAUUCUAAACCAUCAUCAAGUACUGGAAAAUCGCCAACCUUCACAAGAUUCGGUUUGACAAAACUUCCAUAAUUUGGUGCACAUUCAAAAUAUCUGUAUUUAAAAUUAUAAGUUAUGUAUGAAUAAAAUUCUUUUAAUUAACAAACAAA